AUGCUGGCAUCAUCAGCAUCUGGGACGACGAUGAUGAUUAUCGUUCAACUGGCCUCGAGGAUUUUCACAUUCACCGCCAAUCAGUUGGUUUUGAGGAGCUUACCUCCUGCCAUAAUGGGUGUUGCGUCCCAACUGGAGCUAUACUUCAUCUCGAUAUUAUUUUUCUCCAGGGAAAGUAUCAGAAUGGCUAUACAAAGACAGCCAUUGCAACUCAAGCCCCUCACCAUGUAUUCCCACAAGGACAGCACUGUAGUGAACAUGUCCUACUUGAGCCUUGCCUUGGGGUUCUUGUUCGCUCUGGCAUUUGCUGCAUCUUAUGUACAGCUAGCAUCGAGAGAGGUGUCAGAGUUACCCUACUACUAUGCAAGCGUGAUAAUCACCUCCAUUGCAUCCCUUAUGGAGCUCUCCACUGAGCCCUUCUUCACUGUAGUGCAGCAAUAUAUGCUACACAGACAACGUGCAGUGGUUGAAAUGAGUGCAGCCUUUGUAAAAAGCCUUACAACCUGCCUUGCCUGUGCGUGGGCUUCCAGAGCCGGCCACAGCAUUGGCGUGCUCCCAUUCUCAAUUGGUUAUCUCUGUUAUUCUUCCACUCUCAUCUGCGGCUAUAUGCUAGCCCUGUCGGGGGUUACAGACGCGCAGAAGUUUUCUAUGCUUCCCACAAAGAUAAAGUCAAGGGACACAUCAGAGUAUUUCAUGGGAAGAUUCUCAUGGCCGAUGAUAGGGCUGUCCACAAAUGUGUUCUUUCAAUCGGUGAUAAAACAUCUUCUCACCCAGGGUGAUUCAAUGAUGCUGGCAACAAUGACGAGUUUAGAAGACCAAGGCAUAUACGCAUUAGCCUCUAAUUACGGUGGUCUCCUAGCUCGCGUCUUGUUUCAGCCCAUUGAAGAAAGCAGUCGAACGCUCUUUUCCUCACUGCUAAACUCUGGCGGGAGCGGACAUCUACGCGGGCGCAUCUGGGCUUCUCCCAAGAUCAGCAGCCUGCUUUCACUUUAUUGCUACUAUAUACCAUUUCUAGCUUUCAACGGUAUAAGUGAAGCAUUUGUCUCAUCGGCAGCAAACUCGGCAGAACUACGCAGACAAGCGGUAUGGAUGGGGGUGUUUUCAGCAUGCUUUGCAUCUGCCGCGUACUUAUUCUUGAAAGUCGGCGCUCUCGGUGCCCACGGAAUGGUAUAUGCCAAUAUUGUCAACAUGGCAGUUCGCAUCGUCUGGAGCUUUUCCUUCAUUCGGACAUUCAUGUCUCGUCACGGAAGCGGUAUGGCUAUUGCUGAAUUUAGCCCACGGCCGCUUACCUGUAUCGCCAGUAUCACGAUGUCUAUAGUUCUUACCUCAAAGGGUCUAUAUGCUCUUGAUGUCUAUAACACGACAGAUGCACUGAUACUUGGAGCUAUGUACAUUCUUCUCGUGUAUGUCUCACAGUCUUAUUUACAUGCAAGCCACAGUCUAAUGGUGUGUAUAGGUCUUAUCUCGAGAGAAAAUCUUUGUUCAUAUAUUACACAAAAGCCCGCGAGCUGGUGA